AAGCCUAUUGACUGGCCGUCCAACAUCGCCAGGAUAAGCUGUACGCCGAACGUACCAGGGCCUCCUGUGUGGGGGACUACCUGCCAGUACAGCUGUUUGCCAGGGUACCACAUGCCAGGAGGAGACACACGUACGUGUGAGCAUGCUGGCGGAAGUUCAGAAUGGACACCGACUACCACAAUCCAGUGUGAAGUGGUCACUUGUGGCGAUCUUCUGACCCCCCAACACGGCAUUGUAAGCUGCACCGAUGGAGACAGGUACGGCAGUGUCUGUCGGGUAGAGUGCGAGGAGGGGUAUCUUCCAGAAGACCAGAACAAGAUAGCUGCAGUAUGCCAGGAGGGAGGAUGGGAUGGCCCAUUGACUAGAUGCAAAGACAAUCGACCACCGGUAUUCGACAGCUGCCCAACAGAUAUCGUGGCAUUUGCAGACAGAAACAGAGAGACAACACACGUCACCUGGACGGAACCAACCGCCACAGAUAAGAUCAAUAACGACAUAAACGUGCCUUCUCGUGUUCAACUCAUUGAAGGUAGUCCACCGGGAUCCACUUUCACGCGCGGGCAGCAUCUUAUCAAAUACACUGCAACAGAUGCCUUCUCAAACGAAGCAACGUGUUCCUUCAGUGUCAUUGUACAAGUCAGACAUACGUUGAAAGCAGAGCUGUCCUGCCCGAGCGGGUACGUGUACGGCUCCACGUGCACCUUUGGAUGCGAGACAGGCUACCCCGUGGACGGCCCUACAGCCUUUUCCUGUGAGAGAAACUACAGCAGCAGUGAACCAGUAGGGUACUGGGAUUGGGGCGCGGGUGGAGCUCAACCUUUUUGCCGAAUCGUACCCUGUCCUUCCCUACGGCCACCCGGCAAUGGUGCCCUGGCCUGUGACGGUUGGGCGUACGGAACAUUCUGCCUCAUCAACUGCAACGAGAACUGGGACGUUCCUCUCGACGCUCCGGAAAGAUACGUGUGUGAAACGUUGUCGGGAACGUGGAAUCCUGACGAUGAUGUUCCCGACUGCGCAUUGCCUCGAGACCCAGACAGUAUGAACCUACCAUCAGAACUGUACUACUACUCAGGCGACUGUAGCGACCCGGAGACUCAAGCACAGAUUCAGGAAAACUUCAUCGCAAUUCUCAACAGUUCCGACUACAGUGACACAUGUCAGCUAUUUGUAGAGUGUGCUGCCGAAAACGUGCAGGUAUUCUGCGGUAACGUCACAACUCGUUCCCUUCAGCCAUCGUUCCAGCUGCGCGUCAAGUUUGACUUAACUGUCAAAGUACAACCGGGCCAUCAUACUAGUUACAUAGAUGUAGAAGAUACCCUGUUUGCAAUGGCAAAUAAGAUCGAUGAAAGGGUAAAGGGCGGCAACUUCUCCUUUCAUAACGUCACGGCGAUUGAUCUGGAAGUGCAGCCCGACUCCUUCGUCACGGAGCGUUGGACGAGUCUUGUCUGCCAGCCUGGAUAUCUGCCCAACUAUGACACAUACAUGUGCAAGGGUUGUAUCAAGGGAAGCUAUCUCGACACUGACACAGGCACGUGUGAGAAGUGUACAACAGGACAAUUCCAAGACGAAGAUGGACAAAUGGCAUGUAAGCCAUGUCCGUCUGGUACAUCAACUGUCAAGAAAGGAAGCAGAGCAUCAGACCUAUGCCUCGCGACAUGUCAACCAGGAUGGUACUCGGACACUGGCAUGGCCCCCUGUGCACAGUGCGAGAUGGGCCACUAUCAGUCCAUGGCAGGCCAGAAGCAGUGUCACAGAUGUCCCGGUGGACAAACAACGAGGAUUCUGGGUGCGAAGGCAAUGAAUGAUGAUGCUCGUCGUGCUGGUGACAAAGAUGACAAAAAGGAAAUCAUAGCCGACACGAUGAAACUGAUUAGCAACGGUGCUUAUGGCAAAGCGGUUACUAACAAAGAGAAGCAGUCUGACGUGUGCUACUGCGACAGUGAAGUCGCCGCAACACAGAAGAUAAAUUAUCCCUGUCUCAGACAGAUAACCGAGGUCGUCGAUGGCUUUUACGAAAUAGAAACUGGCAAGCGCCGCAUCACAUUUGACCUCCCCCUGCAGGUCGGGUUCUUUGAUUACCAGUACGCCAAACUGCGCAUGCUCCAGUUUUAUUAUGACUUUAUGUUGAAGUUCGUGGACGUGUCCGAUUUCUAA